CUGGAUGUUUAACUUCAAACUUUGAGUCCGUCAUUCGACCGUUCGGGCUGUUAAAGACUUUUGGAGUUCAUCAUAAUUUUUUUAAAUAUAUUUUUCUAUUUUAUGGUAAUAUAACAUGGAUGAAGGUUGUUAUAAUACGUAUACGAUAUCGGAUUCGGAUGAUUCAGUCAAAUCAGUCAUAAACAAGGGUCGUCGUACUAGUGAAACUUCGCACAAAGACGAUGAUUGUUUUUCAACUGAGGAGGAACCAGAAUUUUUUCUCCAAGUUUUACAACGUCAAAAACGAAAAAAAUUGAUAUCUCCAGAUAUAACUUUACAUUGCAGAGACAACAAUAAUCAGAAAUAUGUCCAGACUAAUGACAAAAAUAUUUCUAUUUUCGUUGAAGACCCUGGACCAAACACAUGUGUACCUAGAACAGAUUCAGGUAUUUAUACUGGUACAAAUAACGAACAAGUUACUGAAAAGAUAGAGCCAAAACGAAAAAAACGUUCAACAAAAGAAGAAAUUGAAGAAAGAAAAAAGGAAGAAAGGGCUAGAAAAGUUGCAAAGAAGAGAUUAGCUGAAGAAUUAAAACGGAUAAGUCCGAAAGAAUGUAUGAAGUAUGUAAUUGUUCACAUUGAUAUAAGUUUGAUGAAUCAAGAAUAUGGUGAGCAGAUUGUAUCUGAAAUAGAAUCUACAGACGCAAAAUAUAAAAUUGAGUCAAAUUCAACUGUAUUAAAUUCAGUAACAUGGUCAAGGCAAAUAUCUGAUACUGUUACCGAAGAAGAAAAUUUUAUUUUGGUAAUUUGGGAAUUUGAUUAUGUCAAAAAUCUCAUUGUUUCGUGUCAAUUAUUAAAUAAAAUAGAUGAUAUUAAAUUACACAAAACACAACUUUCAAUCAUCAUACAUUGUAAUGCUGAUCAACUUAAAAAAAUAAAAUCUAAGAAAACCGGGAAGAAUUCUGGGCCAGAUAUAUUAAAUAGCCUCGAACAGAUGAUGUUAAGUUGUCGAGUUUCAUUUCGUUUUGUAGAAAAUAAAAAAGAUAUAGGAUUGGCAGUUUUUUAUCUAACCAAAUCCAUUGCUCAGAAGCCAUUCAAAUUGAACAAAUACAAAGAAGAACAAGAUGGAUGUGAUUGGUAUGCAUCUGGUCAUACAAAAAAUUGUGUAACAGUAGACAAAAAUGGCAUAGGCUUAACUCAACUAUGGAGACAAAUGUUAUCGCAAUUUCCACUUUGUGGUCUUGAAACUAGUGAAGCAAUUGCAACAGCGUAUGGGUCACCUAUUGCAUUGUUAGAAGCAUAUGAGAACUGCAGUUCAAGAUUAGAGGGAGAAACAUUACUACAGGAUAUCCCCGUCCGGCGUGGAUUUGGUCCACUAGCUUCUAAUCGUCGAAUUGGGCCAGAACUAAGCAAAAAAAUAUACACAUUUUUCACAGAUAAUACAGGAUGCACUAYAUUAUCCCAAGAAUAGUAAACAAUAAUGGAAAAGUUAUAAAUAAAUAACAUAAACUAAACUA